UAUUAUAGAAGACCACCAAAACUCAGAUGAGGGAAUGAAGACUAAUAUGUUGUUGUGGUUGUUUAUUCUGUUUUAUCUAAUCUGAUUGCUAACCAUUUACAGCCCAUAAAAACCAUACAACAAUAGCGUAUAUAGUGGAUGAUUUUGUUUUAGAUGGAUGACGAUAUAAAACUUUGGAAAAGGCGAGCACGCAGCUAUCAACAAAGUUGUUGUAAUAGUUUUUGUGAUAGAAUUUAUGAUAGAGUCAAUGAAGAACAACUGGCUUUCAAAGUUGGCUAUGCUCUUUAUAAUGCACCUACUGAGAUAGAUGAAGAUACCAAAACUGCAGUGUAUACAAAGGCUCAAGAGAGUCAUAUAAAGUUAGUCUGUGAUAAGAUAAAAUCAUUACACCCAACAGGAGAAAACUCAUUCUAUAUUUCCUAUUUAUACAUUGUGAUUAGAUUAAGGAACAAAAAAAAUGAUGAAGGUAUUCAAGUAUUAUUUCGUAUUCCUACGUUUGAAGAAGGUAAGCCUAUUUUAGACAAUCAUAAUUUUAUUGAUCCUAAGCCAAGGAGAUAUGAAACUUGGAAUGACUAUCUACGAAAAAACAAACUUCCAAAAUGUGAUAUGUGCUAUCCAGUGAACGGAAUCUAUUCAGCCAUAGAUGGUAGUGUUGAAAUUCAGUUUGGAAAAUCACCAGCCUGUGACACCCGCACAGCAGUGUUCACCAGUCUCGAUGUGUCCAGUACUGUUUUGUUGGUUGGAGCCACUGGAGUCACCCUUGUAUCUCUGGCAGUCCCUGUUGCUGCACCAUUUGUUUGGGGUGCCACAGCUACAGUGCUUGCAUCCGGGACUUACGAUACAGCGAGAAAUUUUUAUCGCCUUCAUGACAUCAAGAAGCAUGGAGAAAGUCUUGGUUUAAAGAAUCCUGAUUCCAGAAGUGCUUGGUUAAGUUUGGCAGGUUCCGUUGUCGGUAUGGCCUCUAUAGGAACUACUGCUUUGGCUAAGGGGGUUGUUGCUACAGAAUCAGCAAUCAGUCGAGCAGGGCUCAUGACGUUAAGAGUGCUCAAUGUCUCUUCUCUGGCUAUCAGUGGUAUUGGAGUAGUCAACGGAAUUAUAACAUUGGUGAUGAAACGCAUUAACGGAACAUUGGAAACAGCCGACAUCCUGCAGUUUACUUCAGCUUGCCUUUUCUUUUUGAACGCGUUGGUUACUUAUAAUCUGGCUUGUAGGUUAAUAGAAGAAUUAGCAUUUUCUGAUUUGACAAAUCUAUUUAACCUUAGAGAAAAUGCAAGUUUUCGAGCUAUAAAAGACAUUAUGGAAUUCAAUGAUCUAACAACCUAUAGUGUUUUGAGACAGCUUGUUGUAGGUAUCAGGUCAUUAUUGAGUCCUGAUAUCGGUAUAGAUGACCUUGAGUCUUUGGCACUCACAGUAAAUUCUCUUUUGAUGAAGAGAAGUACAGGAACAAUAAGUAAGGACAAGUUUUUUGUAGAGAUGAUAAUCAUUAUUCAUAAAAUUUGGAAAAGAUAUGAAAAUGUCAUCUUAUCAGUAAUUGAAGACGUUAAAAACACAUUCAAAGUUUCAUAUUGGCAGGAGAUAAUACCGAGACAAGCAUCAACAAAUUUAGAAAUUCCACGUCAAAUGUGCAAAGAAGUUGAUUGGGUUAUUGAGACUUGUGGUAUCAGUCAUCAUUCAAAUGAACAUAGAAAUCUCAUGACCUUCGCCAGAGCUUUUGCUACAACUUACGGGUUAACUACGGAUCAGGAGUUCAUAAAUCGAUUCAAAUUCUACUGUGACUGUAUUGUAGCUCAAUUCAGGGAGGAAAGGGAAAAUUAUGAAAACGAUCUUGACUCUCAAGUGUCAGAUAAAGAUUUUGUAAGAAGUGAUUUUGAUAGAUCAUAUGGGAUAGAAGAUGACAAAUACAAGUUCUUUUUUAACAAAGCCUUAGAUAAGGUCAAUCAUCCUGACUUUUUGGGUAAUAUUGACGAGCUGUACGAAAACCUUCCUAGGAUAGAAGAAUCUCACACACACGUUCCAUAUUUGCAGACAACAAAAAGUAAGAUUUACACCUUCUGUGGCCCGUUAAAUGAAAAAGAACUAACAAACGAUUAUUACUGGGACAAGGCUAGUGAUUUAUCAGGUAUUAAAACUGAUAGUAAGAACUCUGUAAUGAAUAGGAAAAAUGAUCUUGUUGUUAUUCAACCAAUUAGUAAUUCAGAGGUGGUUGAUUCAGAAACAAACCAACUCCUUGCUAUAGUGAUUCACACAACAUAUCUAAAUUACUGCCACAUGGGCCUAUUGGUAGUGAUACUUAAGUGAUACUGUUCAGUAGUUGAAUCAUUUCACUGUAGUGAUUAACACCACUUAGCGUAUCAACCAUCACCGCUUAUGAAUUAAAGCUAUCAAAAGCAAUGCUUUGUUUAAAGUUUGUUAUUGACGAUGGAUGAUUUAAAUAGGUAUUCAGAGAUUUGUCAUUGUAUUGUGUUACAAAAAUAGAAAAAAAUGAAAUCUAUCUUCUUGUAAAUUUAAAAAAAUCAUAAUACAUAAAGCUAAACUAAAUUUGAGAACAAAACCUUGUUGAACGUCAAAAAACAAAGCAAUACCUGACUGGUACAUCAACAGCCUGAAGUCCAGACUGUUGAAAAUAAACGCAGACAAUGUCAUUGCUCAGAACCAAGAGUAGUACUACACAACACAUGUCAAAUGCCCCAGAGAAGGUAGAAGACUGGAGAAAAAAAUCAGUGUCUCAACUUCCUGUGGUAUUGCGGUAUGUUGUCUGAAACAAUAGUACAGGACGGCGAUGAUCUGGAGUGGGAGGGAUAAGGGCAGACGCCCUUGAUCGUACAUAUUGGUCCUAGUUCAUGGUGUGCGUACAAAUUGUAUUGACAGAGUUUUAUUUGAUUGUUGAAAAAUUUUUAAGUUUAUGUUGUUAAUUCUUUAUUUAUAAUUGGUUACCAAAGUGGCCUAACUUCAACAGAAACACUUGGUGUUUCUCCUGCUAAUUUUAUAUAUGUAGUCGAUAUGUGUAAGUUGCAAAAAAAUUACCCUCAUAUAUUUUACGGCUUCAUCUCAUUUGUGUGUUCAUCUAGUGGAAGAUAAUUCAUACUACUACGCUUUUUUCAUAAUUUUUUUUGUCCUAAAGGGAAGGAAUUCAACCUUCAUUCAUCAGAAUGCCCAAAUCGCUAAUAACAAAGAGGAAGAAUUGUUUCUCAUGUUAUGAAUUGAUUCCAGAACUUUUUGUAGUGAAUGAGACUGGCUUCAGGAGAACCAUUCACAAUAAUUUCCAUAUUAUAAAUUAGUGAGUUCUUUUGGUAGAAAAAUUAACAAAGGAGAAAUUGUAGGGAUAUUUUAAACAACAUUUAAACUUCAGUGAAUGGAAUUUCCAUUUACUGUCAAGAAGUAUUGCAAAACGCCCGCUGUCAAAAUUAAAUUGGCUUCAGGAUUUUCAAAAGUAAUCAUUAUCAGAAUAUAUCACUACCAACAGUUGUGGAAGAUUUGCAGCAUUUAGUAACACUUUCCUCUUUCAUUUUAAUGUGUGUUGUCCCCUAAAAACAAACUGGAAUUGUUUUUUAAACAGAAAAAACAAAUUCUUGGUUAAUACCUGGAAUUUUAAUCUCACAUGAGAGACUUAAGUUUCUAUCCUAGAUUCUAACGAGCUCAAAGGAUGUUUAUUUUUUUUGUAACCAAAGCUUCUACAACCUAAGAUGUCACAAAAUCAAUUGAAAACUCAAAAAAGCUUGUAAAAUGAUAAAGUUUACUACUUCAAAUCAGAUAUCUCAAAAUUGACAGUAAACUUAUUACAAACAUAGAAAGUAGCUUAUGAGUUAAGUUCUUCUCUGAAGUAAGCGGACGAGAAAGAUCUGAAUCUUGUCAACAACAGAUUGAAGCAACAAGUGGGCAGAGCUUGGCGGACUCUAUGAUGCUGUGACUCCAGUCAGAACUGUAGGUUCUCCAUGUUGUGCAACAACUAGUGGCUAAAAAGACAAAUUAUAUAAAUUUCUUAUCGACUUUCAAUGUUUUAUCUAUUUCUCAAAAGUCUUUGAUUGUAGAUCAUCACAGUCCGUUGAAAAAACUCAGAAUGUAUGGUAUAAAAGGUGUGUACAUUUGUGGCUGAAAUCUUACCUCAACAAUAGAACUCACUUAGAAUUAAUCAUUGAAAGUUUCAGAACUGAGAUAUGGAUCAAUAAGCUCCUUGCUAUUUCUGAUUUGUGUCAAUGACCCUGGUUCAUUGCUUUUUCCCGGGCAAUUGGUGCAGUAUGCUGAUGACACGACUUCCCUAUUCAGAUCUUAUGUAAGAGAAUUACUGGAAAUUCAAAUGUUCAGUGAUUUGAACUGUGUACAUUUCAACGAACUAAAUUUGCAAACCAAUGUAAACAAGGCAAAUUAUUUACAAUUAUGUCUUAAGAUCGAGAAACUCUGACUUUGGUACGUCAGUUAUAACUGAUGAGGUCAUUCCUGAGAAGUUUGACCAUGUAAAGUUCCUAAGGAUGUAUCUUUAUUAAGGUUUGACCUGGGAUUUUUAUGUGAGUUCAGGUUGUGCCAAGAUAUCCUAAGGAAUUUAUGCUUCGAGAAGAUAAAAUUUUGUCCAACGCAGGUACCGCUCAUGGCAUGCUAUGGUUGUCCAACGCAGGUACCGCUCAUGGCAUGCUAUGGCUUUAUUUUUUCUUAUCUUCUCCUAAGAGGGUGGGAAAGAUGCUCAAAUUCUGAGUUCACAAGAAUCUUCAGAUUGCAAAAGAAGUUGUCUCAAUAAUCUCAAAAUUACACUCCAGACAAUCGUGCAAACCAGGCUUUAUUCUACUACAUUUUUCAAUCUGCUGUAUUAUGUUCAAUAGUAGUCUUAAACGGGCCAUUAACACAUUCUUACAAAACAAGAGGCAAAGAUAGCCGAAUAGAACAGCAUCAAACAAUAGUAUGGUAUAUGAUCGCCUUCCUUCACAGACAGGUUCGCAUUUUGUUAAUAGUCUUCAUGAGUCCAAGCAACCCAAUCACUAAAACACGGAUUCAAGUAUUUUUUUUUGGUAUCAAACUCCUAUUACUCUCUGGGAGAGUUUCUCACACAACUGGGAGAGACUUUUGAGUUGAGCAGAGGUGGUCCAGCCUGGCAUUAGAUAUGUAUGUACGUAAGGAGUGGAUUUAUCGUCUUUUACACAUUGUAUUUAGCAUUAUGUUGUCAACUCAAUAUAGGAAUAUUGUAUUUUAUUUUAUUCUUUUCAGGCCAACAAUGUGUGGAGUAAUCUUUUACUUUUCCACUAGCACUUUUUUCAUCUUGUUUUUAUUUUCUUUAACUUUCACAUUUAGUGUUCUUAUUGUUUUACCCAUAUACUCUAUUACAAGAAUAUAUUAUACUUUAAACAUAGAUUUUAAGCACUGUGUACUACUUUUUUGGUUUGGUUUUAAUGAGGUUUAACCUAAGAGUGAAUCUUGUUUAAUAAGCGGUUCUAACAUUGUAUUUUCUGCUUAUUGUUCUAGUUUUCUCUGAUUAUACUGGCACAUAAGGGAUUGAUAUGUAUGAGAACUUAUAUAUAUAUACUUAUUAUUAUACUUAUAUAUUUUGGACUUAUUUAUAACAGACUGAGUGUACCCAUUUUUUAUAAGAUCUGAUGCCACAUAUUUUCUUCUUUUAACCCAUCUUUAUCUGAGCACACGCUCUUUGAAUUGUUAAACAAAGAGUAAGCAACUCCUUCUUUGAUAGAUUUUUGACGGUUCAAUUCAAAAUUUAGAUAUGGACCCAUGUGUUUUCUUAUGAUAAAUCUUUGUCUUAAAAACAUCCCUAUCCCUCAUAUCUUGAAAGGAAGUUUGUUUUGGACCUGCUUGAUUAGGUGAAUGGAGAGAGAAAUGCGUUAGACAAAAAGUCAUUUAGUUGAGAGUAGGCAGAAAAUGCAAUGUUAGAACUGCCUUAAAACACAAAACGCUCUUAGACAAAGUCUUGUAAAAACUAUAUUUACAGUAUAACAUAUAUUGUAAUAGAAAAUACAUAGGUGGGACAAAAAGACCCCUAAAUUUGAAACUUCAAGGAUAUAAAGACAAAACAGUAAAAGAGCCAGUGGAAAAGUCUAAAACUGCUCAAAAUUGCUGGUCUGAAAAUCGUUUAAAGUGGGAUCAACAUAAUGCAUUCUGAGAACAAUUUUGUCAAAUAUAAAUUUAUUGAGGCUUCAUACAUUGCACUACCAUAUCAGUCGUAAAAUCAACAUUCAGUUAAAGUUAGACCACUUACCAAUAUUGAAAAAAAGAAUUAACUAUAAAACCUACAAAAUUUCAUCAAUCUUCACUUGGUACCACGAAAGUGCUGACAUUGAUUUUCUCCCCAGUCUUCUAACUUCCUUGGGGGUCUUUCAUGUUGUGUUGGCAAGUUCUUUGCCACAAAUUUCAAAUAUUUGUUGCACCCUUUUGUAUUAAGAUUUUUGACACCCGAUAAAGAGGAUGGAUUUCAGACCUCGAAUCAUUCUACUUUUGCAACAUACAACUAUGGCAAAUGGCUGAAAUCUAUUCUCAGAAGCAGUAAAUCACCAAGCUUUUUGCUGUAAUGGUUUACAAUACAAAGCUAAACUUCUGUCAUAUUGCCAGUGAUACUGAAGUAGGUUUUGGACCAACAAACCAAUUUGUUUCCACAGUAUACCACAUAUUUAAAAUGUUUUACAUGUAGUUACUAGUGGUGGGCUUUCCAGUUACCUGUUGUAAAUGGUUCCAGUUAAAUCCGAGGAGCUCAGUGGAACUUUGCACAGUUUCCAAAACAGUAUUAUAAAUUUCUGGAAUCGUACCUGUUUCCUGUUAAUGAACAGCAGAAUCAUUAGCACAGUGAAUAUUUUAUGUUUAGUGAUUUUAACUAGUGUUUUGUACCUUGAAUAACUAUACAACUUAACUGUUAAUUUUAGUUCAUACAAUGUGUUUGGUAUUAUUAGAAAGAAAAUCAAUUUAAACGCACAAGUCUUAAAUAACUUAUUAACCAUAAAUUAAUAUAUUUUAAAUUAAACCCUCUUAAGUGCUACAAUC